AUGUUUCUCUGUUUCGACGUGUCUAUGUUAACAGGUCCAUUGGGCAGUGCGUUCGGGAAGCGUUACGGAGCCCGACCGGUUGUCAUGGUCGGGGGAAUUUUAGCCUCUCUUGGGAUGUUCGUGGCCUCUUUCGGACAGAGUCUUCUACACUUGUACCUCUCUAUCGGACUUCUGACAGGUCUGGGUUGGGCGUUGGUUUUCACCCCGACUAUGGCAAUGAUCUCCAGGUACUUCGACAAGCGGCGGGCCUUGGCCACCGGUUUGGCCUUUACCGGAGUGGGAAUCGCCUCGUUCUUCUUCUCCCCGCUCUUCCGCCUCCUGAUCGACGCCUACACGUGGCGCGGGGCCCUCCGGGUCCUGUCGGCCAUCUUGCUGAACCUGUGCGUCUGUGCGGCCUUGCUCAGGCCCAUCCGCCUGCUGGAGGACCUCCCCGCGCCCGGCCUGGCGGACAAGGCCUCAGGCUGCUGGGAGAAAGUGACGUCGGCCUUGGAUUUGGGCCUCCUCCGGCAGCGGGCCUUCAUGGUGUACACCCUGGCGUUAACCCUGAUGACCACGGGUUACUUUGUACCCUACGUACACCUGGUGGCCCACGGCAAGAACCUAGGAUUCACGGAUUAUGAGGCGGCCUUGAUCCUGUCUCUCACCUCCAUCCCCGACACCGUCGCCCGCAUGUUUUCAGGCUGGCUGUCCGAUCUGAAACUGGUCCGCUCGAUCCACCUGUUAUUCCUCUGGAGCGUCCUCAGCGGGAUCAGCCUCUUCCUGUUGCCGCUAGGCCGCACCUUCCCGACUCUAAUGGCGGCAGGCCUCUUUUACGGCCUAUGUGCUGGAGGCCUCUCCCCUCUCUUCUUCUCCACCCUCCCAGAUAUCGUCGGGGUCGGACGGAUUCUCAACGCCACCGGCCUCUUCCUGAUGCUCCUCAGUGUCGGUGGGCUUCUCGGACCCCCCCUGUCAGGACUGCUGGAGGACCGGACUGGGAGUUACAACACCUCGUUCAUGGUGUCCGGAGGAUUCAACCUGGCGGGUUCUCUCGCCCUCCUGCUCCUCCCGGGCUUUUUCGCCCGCAGCUCGACCGCCUCCGGGCAGAGACCGGGCGCCACGGCCAGCCGCCGUCACGGCGCGCCACGCGACGCCCAAGAAAACGACCAGAGCCGAGCCCACCAGCCAGAGGCCGGGGCCGGACAACGACACCAGCUUGGAAACCGCACUGACCGAUUCUGGAAAGCAGCGGGAAAAUUGCCAGCCGCCAGAUGAUGGCGCUACUCCCAGCUUCAGACAGGACCGUACGAUGGACAACUUCUAAAGAGCCUGUCCCACUAGGCCGAGAUUUGGGCCUCAUUUACGCCUCACGUGUAGAAU